AUGCUAGGACCAAACUACACCUCAGUGUCUGAAUUCGUCUUCAUCGGCUUCUCCAACUUCCCACGGCAGCUCAUGCCGGUCUUCUUUGUGGUGAUCCUGCUCAUGUACCUCUUCACCCUGCUGGGCAACCUGCUCAUCAUGGCCACCAUCUGGAGUGAACGCAGUCUCCACACGCCCAUGUACCUCUUCCUGUGCGCCCUCUCCAUCUCUGAGAUCCUCUACACCCUGUCCUUCAUCCCACGCAUGCUGGCUGACCUGCUCUCCACCCUGCGCACCAUCGCCUUCCUGGCCUGUGCCAGCCAGAUGUUCUUCUCCUUCACGUUUGGCUUCACACACUCCUUGCUGCUCACCGUCAUGGGCUAUGACCGCUACGUGGCAAUCUGUCACCCACUGCGUUACAAUGUGCUCAUGAGCCCCCGGGGCUGUGCCUUCUUGGUGGCUGGGUCCUGGGCUGGAGGCUCAGCUGUUGGGCUGAUAGUGACGACCUCCAUUUUCCACCUCCCUUUCUGUGGACCCAAUCAGAUCCAACAUUUCUUAUGUCACGUGCCCCCUAUGUUGAAGCUGGCCUGUGGAAGUGACGUGCCAGCUGUGGCUCUGGGCGUAGGGAUGGUGUGCAUCACGGCUCUCCUGGGAUGCUUCCUCCUCAUCCUGCUCUCCUACGCCUUCAUUGUGGCAGCCAUCUUGAAGAUACCAUCGGCAGAGGGGCGGCACAAGGCCUUCUCCACCUGUGCGUCCCACCUCACAGUGGUGAUUGUGCACUAUGGCUUUGCCUCUGUCAUCUACCUCAAGCCCAAGGGCCCCCACUUUGAGGAAGGUGACACUCUCAUGGCCACUACCUACACAGUCCUCACCCCCUUCCUCAGCCCCAUCAUCUUCAGUCUCAGGAACAAGGAACUGGAGAACGCCAUGAAAAAGGCCUUCUUCAGGAAGUUCUGUUCCUCAAGCACGUGAGUGGUCAGUGUGGGGUGAUUGGCAGAUGU